AUGGAGAGCUUGGAACAGUGGUUGAAACGCAAUCGUGGAAAAGGUGGCACCUUGUUAACAUAUGUAAUCCGUGAACAUCAAAAUCCGGACGACAAUCCGACAGCUGAUCCUGGUUUCCUUAUGCCAUCUGUGGAGGAUGAGGCAAUUCGCCGAAGCUUACAUCGAGAGGACCAGUUUGUCGCUAAUAACAAAGCUGUAUGGAAUAUGUUAUAUUUGGUCUGCCAUGGAACUGAUGCUUGGCCUGUUAUCAAGGGAUACAAGACUACAGAAAAUGGAAGGCAAGCGUAUCUUGAUCUGGUUGCCCACCAUCAGGGUGAGGGCUAA